AUGGCGGAUGGGCUGGGCCAGGGAAAGACCAGUCUGCGCUCGUUAGCUCGAUUCGCACGCUCGGGGCGCACCUGCCCUUCGACCCAUCUCCUCGCUCAUAUCGCUGAUUACUGCUUCUAUCCCAAUCGGUAUCCCUGCGUUGCUCGAUCGAAACCACCGCCAUCACGACUCUGGACGGAUGUCGACGUGCAGCUCUUGCGGCUGGAGGCACAGGACUAUCGAGCACUGUAUCACUCGCUGCAUGCAUCCUAUCGCAAGAGCACAGCGCUUCGAAUAUUCAACUCAUAUUUAUCGGCACACGCCGUCCUGCCGCUGCGAUGGGGAAGCAAAUGGGAACCGACCUUCCGGAAAGUCCUCACAACGAUCAAAUCCAAUCUGGACGCAGUCGAUAUCACCCUCUACGACGAGCUUGGCUACCUGACCCUGCAGGUGCUGGAGGACAUCUACGACGGCGCUUUCCCCUGCGACGAUCUCAACGACCAAUCCGAUGCUCCAUUCAAGGAUGCUCCUGCGUUCGAGCGCAGUGCAUUCUAUCAGGCUAUGUGCACCGAUUUGUGUGGAACAAGACAUCUGACCACCGCCCAGUACAACCGCGCUGGGGAGAGGAUCAUGGACAUGCCUGUCAACUACUUCUCGGACCCCGAGGUCGUCAACCGGAUCAUCCAAAUGCUCGAGAGCAUGGAGGUGGACUGCCACAACUUUCGAAACCGCGGGGUCCACCGAACGGGCAGCAUCGGAAAGCAAUCGGGUUCCAAGUCUAAAUCGCCUGGCCAGACGUCCAGCAAGUCCACAGCAAUUAUCGAGGAAGAAACACCGCCGCAGUCCUCGUAUCCAAGCAAGACGUCCUCGAAGCGUAGUUCCUCGUUGCAGAAGAUCAUGGACACAGCACAUGCUUUUAUCCAACAAUCUAGCCACGACAAGCGCUUCUGCGAGGCUUGUUUUCUCAGACUCUCUGCUCCCUCCGAAGAGCAGCCCCAGGCUCCGACUAUGUACCAGUGUCAAUCCUGUGGGAUCAUAUGCCACAAGACAUGUCGGAACAAGAUAGGGAUGCCAUGCAUCAAGAAGGUUGACGUCGAGGAAGACGACGCAAACGAGCAGAUGCACUCGGAGAAGGUCCGGAAGCUGACUGAAAAAAUCCAGGCAAUACAGAAGGAGGUCGACAUCGAAAUGAAGAUCCAGGACGGGCUAGACAAGAUGAAUCGAGCAAAGACCGCGCUAUCUCCGUCCAAGAAGAAGUCGACCUCGUCGUCUGAGCCUGAGCUUACUGUCCAGGCAGAGAACUCAAACAAGAAACUCGAGGUUCUCAAGCACGAGCUCCAGAAGUGCAGGCUUCAACUUGCGGCGCUGACGGCCGCGGUCACACCGACCUCGAACUACAACAAGUCUCUCGGCAGCAUCGAUAAGCUCCAGAGCAGCGACGAGCCGGACACAUCAAAUGUAAAGGCAAGUACGAGCACCGCCCCACCCCUCCAGGAUUCAAUCAACAACCUGGAUGAGAUUCAGAAAGGCGAGGUCAUCAAGCUUACGUCGGUUGACUCCCAGUCCAAGACCGAGUCCACAAAGGCGUUCUUUAUCACUCCACAGAUGACGUGCCGCGACUUGAUUGUUUCGGCUAUAUCCAAAUUCAUGCUUCCUGGAUUCGAGGAGGAGUACCAGGUGUUCUACCCCUCUGAAUACGGAGACGUGCCCCUUCGCGGAGAAGACCACCCGUUGUCUCUCGGCACAACCCUGACGGUCAGCAACUUCAAGCUGGCAAAAAAGUUUGACUCGAGCCGACGGAUGGAACUCAAUGAACAGCGAAAACAGAUGGCCGUCGUCAUGGAGAUAUGCGACACAGAAACGGCCUAUUUUUCUGAUCUAAGCAAUCUGGUGGAGAUCUUCAUGAAGCCUCUUCUCAAGAUCGGGCCAAACUAUGAACCGGACGUCAGCAUGAUCUUUUCCAACAUCCAGACGCUUUUGGCCACCCACGGAGACAUAUCCAAGAGGCUCAAUCAGAAGCGCGACGAGUUGGUUGGAAACCUGACGAUGGAAAUGCUCGGCAUAUUCAAGGAUAAGCUGGGCGAGUUUGAUCAGUAUGUGACAUACUGCUCCAACCAGCACACAGCGCGGAGGCAUCUCGCUAAAAUGCGGCAGGAUGUCAAGUUCAACUCGACUCUGCUGAUGUGCGAGGCCAACCCAAAGCUGCAUAAACUUGCCCUGACCGAUCUAUUGGUGAAGCCUCUCCACCGAAUCACACGGUAUCCGCUGCUGUUCAAGCGGCUCCUCUCUCACACCGCCAAAGUUGCGCCCGAAUACGAAAUCACAAACAAGUUCAUCACCGACUUGGACGCCAAGAUCCAGCAAGUCAACGAUGAGAUCCACCUCAAGGAGGCCGCCUAUCGCAUCAACUACAUUGACGAGAACAUCGAGUUUCCGAGCGGGAUCGAGAAAUUCAAGCUUGCAGAUGCCGAGCGCGAACUGAUAUCAGAAAAGACCUUCACGCUGCUCAAGAAGAACACGGCUGUGUCAUACGAUAUCAUCGUCAUGCUGUUUUCGGACCUGGUACUCUUGACCAAGCCGAAGAAGGGCGAUCAGUUUGUUCUCCUCAAGCCACCGAUCCCGUUCGAGGCGGCAGUCUUCCUCGACAAAACCGAGGGCUCCGAAGGCCGCAGCCACAUCUUCCAGAUCAUCCAUCUGCAGCAGGAGGUCUAUACCCUCGAGGCCUUCUCAGCAUUCGACAAGAACUCGUGGCUGGGCGAGGCCGAGCGAUUGCGGUCGUUGUUCUGCUGUGCACACCUCGGCCAAGAACGUGCAGUCCUCCAGCCCCCGCUCGAAGCAUAUACCCAGACCUCUUUUGCCGACGAUGCCCUGGAGUUGCUGCCCUCUCCGUUGCCAAGCCCGCGGAAGAAGCCCAGCCCGAGCAAGCUCGCAGGGGAAAUGGUACUGGCGUUUUCAGACCACGACGUCUCGCCAAACGCCCCCGCCGCGGUUGUCGAGCUUGCCCAUGCCGAGCGCAUCUCGGCGUGUCGUUCGUUCGACAGCCUGAGCGUGCACUCUCAGGAGGCCCAAGAGCCCGGAACCAAGCGCACGUCCUCGGCCGGAUGGGGACAGAUGUUCAAGGGCGUCAAGAGCUCGGACACCAGCAAAGACAUGGCCCGGAGCCUGGAUUCGCGCGGCGUCAUCGGCAGCUGGUCUCUCACCCCAACCGAUCGGGAACGCAAGCGCAACUCGUCGCAAACGCCCUCGAUCCCUGGGGCAGGGACGCCGCCGACACCAAAGAAGGAGAGCAAUCGCUCGGACCGCAAGGGCAGCGCACGGGCUGCGAAUCCAUGA